UUAUUUUUCCCUAACCCCAAACUCCCACGGUCGGUCACAAAUUGCCAAUGGAACUAAAGCAUUUCCAAACCCAUACUACUACCUAUCUGCGCACAUUAUGCAACUCUACGUCAUCGUUACAUUCGAGUCAACAUGUAAAACAGUCGCACAGUACCCCCCCUCUCAACGAGGGGAACAUAACAG